AUGUGGUGGGAUCUGCUGGUGCUGCUGCUGCUGCCGUGGACGGCACCGCGCCCGAGCCGGGCGGGGCCACUCCAGAAGGCCCCAGUUUUCCAGCUCACUCACCAGGGCCCCUGGGGGAGCGGGGCCGGCAACGCCACGGUCUCGCCCUGCGAAGGGCUCCCCGCCGCGGGAGUCACGACCCUGACCCUCACGAACCGCAGCCUGGAGCGCCUGCCGGGCUGCCUGCCGCGCGCGCUGCACAGUCUCGACGGCAGCCACAACCUGCUGCGCGCCCUGAGCGCGCCCGAGCUCGGUCACCUGCCGCGGCUGCAGGUGCUGACGCUGCGCCACAACCGCAUCGCCGCGCUGCGCUGGGGCCCCGGCGCGCCCGCGGGACUGCACACGCUCGACCUCAGCUACAACCUGCUGGAAGCCCUGCCGCCGUGCUCCGGGCCCGUGCUGCCCGGCCUCCGAACGCUGGCGCUGGCCGGGAACCCGCUGCGGGCGCUGCAGACCGGAGCCUUCGCCUGCUUCCCCGCGCUGCGCCUGCUCAACCUGUCCUGCACCGCGCUGGGCCGCGGCGACCACGCUGGCAUCGCCGACGCUGCCUUCGCGGGGGCUGGUGGCGCGCCCCUGGCUGCGCUCGAGGUCCUGGAUCUCAGCGGCACGUUCCUCCGGCGCGUUCAGUCAGGAUGGAUCAGAGACCUGCCGAAGCUCACGUCCCUCUACCUAAGGAAGAUGCCCAGGCUGAACAGCCUGGAGGGGGACAUUUUCAAGGUGACCCCUGACCUGCAGCAGCUGGAUUGUCAAGAUUCACCAGCACUUACCUCUGUCCAUACACACAUCUUUCAAGACACGCCUCUCCUACAGGUCCUUCAUUUCCAGAACUGCAACUUGAGUUCCUUCCCUCCUUGGAACCUGCAUUCCUCCCAGGUCCUGUCCAUCAACCUCUUUGGUAAUCCCCUCACUUGCAGCUGUGAGUUGUCCUGGCUCCUCAUGGAUGCAAAGAGGAUUGUCCUAAGCAGGGCAGCAGACACUGUGUGCACACCAGCUGCAGGAUCCAGUGGCACCUUCUCAGCCCCUCUUUUGCUGUCCCAGCUGCCAAGUGUGUGCCAUUCGGACCAAAACACCACCUUCCUUGAUUCCAACCCACCCUCCUCAGUCUUCUCCACCCACACACCAUCUACACAGGGUCCCUCCACCCUGCGGAGAACAGUCCCCUCUACCCAAUGUGCAGGAGGCCGACAGAGUGUCACCAAGGUGCCCUCCCUCCCUGUGGAUUCCCCCACACAAGCGGCGGGGCCACGGCACAGCCUUGCCGAGGACGGGGCCGUUCCCUCCACUACUGUCUCUCCAGCAAGUUCCAGCAACUCUGGCAACCCACCUAUGGCUGCGAGCACAGCCGGGACAGAGCACCAAGAAGAACAUGCUGCUCAGCUUGUCCUGGAACCUACUAUCUCAGCUGCCUCCACCCCAUGGGCCAGCAAACACCCUGGUCUCUCCCCUAUCUCCCGGAACCCAGGGAGCACGCCUCAGCCCGCCCGGGGGACACGGGACACCCCGCGGGCUCCCCACCCGCCUCCUUCCGAGGGCGGGAUUCCGGUCCUGCUGCUGGACGACUCCAGUGAGGAGAAGGAAGAGAGCGGGAAGGAGGAGGUGGGGGCGCCGGCCCGGGAUGAGCCCUGCGAUUACCACCCCUGCAGGCACCUCCAGACGCCGUGCGCAGAGCUGCAGCGGCGCUGGCGGUGCCGGUGCCCCGGCCUCAGCGGGGAAGACACCCUCCCGGACCCCCCCAAGCUGCAGGCGGUGGCCGAGACCACUGACACGUCGGCGCUAGUGCGCUGGUGCGCCCCCAACUCGGUGGUGCGCGCCUACCAGAUUCGCUACGCGCCCGAGGGCCGGCCAGGGAACCAGUCGGUGGUGGGGGACGUCUGCGCCACCGCGCGCCAGCACGCCCUGCACGGGCUGUCGCCGGCCACCGCCUAUCGCGUGUGCGUCCUGGCGGCCAACGGCGCGGGCCUGAGCCGGCGCGGGGCGUGCGCCGCCUUCAGCACCGGGCGCAGCCCAGCGCUCCUCGUGGCCGGGCUGGGUGCCGCGGGCGGCCUGCUGCUAGUCAGCACCGCGCUGCUGGCCGCCGGCCUCUGCCGCCGGGGCCGGACGCCACGCUCCCCGAACCGCCGUACGCAGCUGCUGGCCUACCGCAACCCCGCCUUCGCCGCCGAACCCGCGCCGCCGACCCCGGCCUCGCUCCCGCGGGCGCGCGAUCGCUGAGCACCCGCCGCGUGCGCGAGGAGAAGGCGGUACCCGGUCCCGAACUGCCGGUCGGCCCCGAGCGUCUCUCCCUCGGGCGAGGCCCGCGCUCCUCAGGCACACGUGGCACUCCCCGCGCUGAGUUCCUCAUUCCCGGGAACCUCUCUGCCUUCCCUUCCUGCUGCUUCUCUCUGUUCCGAGAAACGUGAUGGUUCAUGCUGCCGGGCAUCCCUGUGUGUGGUUUUAUUGGGGUUUUUCAGCAGUCAGUGCCCCUCAACGUCCGGUAGAAUUAGAAUUGUGUGUGGAAGUAGGAAGAGAGAAAACAAAUGGCGCAAUGCGGCCGCUUUUCUCAUAUUGGAAGCGACAUCCUCAGGUCAUUUCAGAGAAGUUCCCUCAUGGUCAAGCUCUGGUAAGGGUCCUGUUGUUAAAGGGAACGACUCCAGUGGAUUCUCAACCUGAGAACCGGUUAUGUUCCCUGAGGCUUUGCGGGUUCAUUAGUUCAUUUCAGGGUACAGUAGCAGGUGUGCUUCUAGCUUUAAACUGCAGUCUUUAGGGAACAUCUGUGAAACACGGGGAAGGCUGUCCUUUCAAACUCGGUUUUUGCUGCAUUUCACCUAUGUGAACUCCUUUUUUAAGGAAGCAUAAUAAUUAAUAAUCUCACUUUCAGGAAACUUUUUUUUUUUUCCGGUACGCAGGCCUCUCACUGUUGUGGCUUCUCCAGUUGCGGAGCACCGGCUCUGGACGCGCAGGCUCAGCGGCCAUGGCUCACGGGCCCAGCCGCUCCGCGGCAUGUGGGAUCUUCCCCGACCGGGGCACGAACCCGUGUCCCCUGCAUCGGCAGGCGGACUCUCAACCACUGCGCCACCAGGGAGGCCCCAGGAAACUUUUUUUUUUAAGAGAGAGAAGAAAUAAAAGGAAAACCUCAAGGCUCUGGCAAGAGGCCAAAGCAUUUCUCUGCUCAAAUUGCAUCAAACAAACCUUUUUUGUAUGAUUCGUAUCUGACUGUGGGCUAUGUCUCACUACACCUUUUUUUUACUUCUAUACAAACUUGGGGGGAAAGUGACUUUAUUAAAUUAAAAUGGGGGUCAUAUACCUAGAUUUUAAUUUUCUACGUUAGCAUUUAUGUAAGUUUCCUGUGGCCACCGUAACAGGUUACCACAAACUGGGUGGCUUAAAACAACAUAAGUUAAUUCUCCUACUGGUCAGGCCAGAAAUCCGCAGUCAAGGUAUUAGCAGGGUUGGUUCCUUCUGGAGACUGAGGGAGAACUAUUCCACGCCGGCCCCCCUCCCCCCACUGCCCCCACCCCUCCACCCGUGUCUGGUGGAAGCCAGCAAUCCUUGGGUUCCUGGGCUUACAGGUGCAUCACUCAUCCAUGCCUCCUUGUCUUGUGACAGUCUCUGUCUCAUGUGUCUAAACACCUCCCCCCUUUUUCCAUUCUUUUCUCCAGGCUUACUGAUAUAUAAUUGACAUAUAACAUUGUUUAAGGUAUACAAUGCAAUGAUUUGAUACUCCUAUAUAUCGAGAAAUAAUUAAAAUAAGGUUAGUGAACACGUCUGUCACCUCAUAUAGUUAUCUUGUGUGUGUAUAUGAGUGUAUGUGUGGUGAGAACUUUUAAGAUCUUAGCUACUUUCUAAUAGUACGGUAUUGUUAACUGUAGUUAUCAUGAACUUGUAACUGGAAGUUUGUACCAUUUGACCACCUUCACCCAUUCCCCACCCCACCCCCUACCCUUAGGGACCACCAAUCAACUCUGAGUUGCUUUUUUUAGAUUUCACACAUGAGAUCCUACUGAAUUUGUCUUUCUCUUUUUUCCGUUAGUAUAAUGCCCUCAGGGUCCAUCCAUGUUGUUCCAAAUUGCAAGAUCUCUUUCUUUUUUAUGGUUGAAUAAUAUUCCAUUGUAUAUUUAUUUUUUCUUUAUCCAUUCAUCCAGUGACACUUAGGUUGUUUCCAUGUCUUGAUUACUGUAAAUAAUGCUACAAUGAACAUGGAGGUGAAAAUAUCUCUUCAAGAUAAUGAUCUUAUUUCCUUUGGAUAUGUACCCAGAAGUCAAAUUUCCCUCUUCAUAUAAGGACACUAGGCAGUGGCUUAAGGCUCACCCAAAUCCAGUAUGACCAUCCUAACUUGAUUACGUCUGCAAAGACCCUAUAUCCAAAUAAGGUCACAUUCACAGGUAUUGGGGUUAGAACUUGAACAAUAUCUUUGAAGCACAAUUCAACCCACAACAGCAUUUUACUUCUAUUCCAAGAAAAAAAAUCAAGUUUGAUUCCCAUGUAUCUUUUGUUUCCAUGACAUGCUGCAGCACAAAAACCAUGCUGCAGAAACUAAGCAUAUCCAAGUUUGACCUGAAUAACUGAACUGUAUUUCUAGGUGAAGUUUUGAAAAGGCUUCCCAAAAUUCUGAGGUGGAUCCCUAGUUUCAUCAAAUAUGUAACCAAGAGAAAUAAGACUGAUUUAAAAGAUACCUACCAGCUUCAAAUUUAAAAUUGCAAGGCAGAAGUCCUAAACAUAAAAGCCCUCAGGAAUGUAGUUAUAUUAUCCCAAUGCCUUUUUUAGUUUAAUAUCAAGAUUGAGGGACCUUCCCUUGUGGUCCAGUGGUUAAGACUCCACACUCCCAAUGCAGGGGGCCCAGGUUCGAUCCCUGGUCGGCGAACUAUGAUCCCACAUACCGCAACUAAGCCCGCAUGCCGCAACUUCUGAGCCCAUGCGCUCUAGUUGCCUGAGUACUGCAACUAGAGAAGCCUGCGAGCCGCAUCCAGAGAGCCUGUGCAGCGCAAGGAAGACCGAAAACAGAAUUAAUUAAUUAAUUAAUUUAAACAAUAUUCCUUUAAAAAAAAUGAUUGAGUCUGUUAUGUGGAGGCAUCAAAAUGAAUUUGUCUUGCUUGGAGUCUGUAUGCAUGAAUAUACACUCAAACAUACCUAAUACAAUUUCAAAGUUUUAUAGACCAGCAGAAUUUAUGUCUUAUAGCAAUUCAGUAUCCAAAAACAUACAGGUUGACGUGGAAAAAGUCUAUUAACCAGAACCAGAUUAAGACUUUGAUACUAAAGAGACUAGGGACCCAACCCGUAAGUCACUCCAAAUAGUAUCAACACUAGACCAUAAAUAAGCAUAACAAGACACAAAAUUCUAAUUUUUCCCCUACUUUAUUUCAAGUUCUCCCUUUUUUAAACAUCAUUUUUGUGUGCUCAUACUUUGCUAGUGCUGAGACAUGGUCAACGUGCCUCUUGGGUGGUCCAGCAAUGGGACUUCCACCUCAAGCCUCACUGCACCCCAGGCCGUUAUGAGACAUUACAGGAGGUUCCCAAAGGGGAGAAUGGCCAGCCUCACACCACCCUUCUCUCACCCGCUUCCACUGGAUUCCUUAGCAGUGUCCCUGGCCGCAGGCUUCAGUGUUUUCCAAGCCAAGGAUGGCUCAGCAGCUAAUCUGGGAACAAGGAAGCCAGGACCAGCAGGCAACAAGGGGCACACUGAUCCAAGGAUGUCACAACCAAGAGGCAUGAAUUUUGCUUAUAACUUCUCAUUUUAACACAGCUCAAUAGGCUAUGUUUAGAUAAUCUCACUGUAUGAGUCCAUGUUACACUUAGGUUAGACCUCGGGACAAUGAGCAGCAACAGGCCUCCACUGUUAAGAGGAGGCAACCGGCACCAGCCACUUGUCUUCCUCUCCCCUCUCCCUGCAUCUUGCAUUCUCUUAAACAUGACAGUGUAGCAAGAAUAGGGCUUUUAAGUCAGAUGAUCACAAACCAAUUAUUUUUACAAUGUUAAGUGCAAGUGAUAUAUCUGAAUGGACUUUAUGAAUCAGAAAACUUCCACAACAGCAGACGACCGUGGAACACAGACAACCCAAAUUGAAGUUCACUUUUUUCCGGCUCUUUUAUUCCUUUAACAUCUUAACAAAAGAAGAUUCCCCAAAGCUUAAAAAAACCUUUGAAAAAUAUAAUUUCAUAUUAUUUACAUAACAUAUGAGUACAGGUCCCAAUAUCAUACAAACAUUGUUAUGUUAGAGAUACAGUGGGAAGGCAUGAUGUAACUCACUGCCUCUUGGAUGGCUAGGGUAACAGACAUAUUUUCAUUUUCCAACUACCUUUGUCACUUAUUAUCCUGAUGCAUAAACUAUUAGGCACCUGAGAGGUUGGAAGACUUCUGAACAUGAACUUCAGUACCUUCUAUUUUGAUCUUAUUUAUUAUUUUCAAAAUUUACUGCAUUUUAAAUCUCUUUACAAGUUUAAUUCAUCCACAACUAAGCUACCUUUAUAGUCAUUAUCCUGAACAAUCAAAUAUUAACCACAUGUACUGUUAAUGUGUGCACAGAUCUAAAAGUCAAACAAACAACUGUGCAGCCAAGUUGUACAGGAUGUAUAUUUAAACCCAGGAAAUUCCCUAGUGCUUUGUGAGCAAUCUAAAUUCUAUUAAAGUGACAACUCUUCAGUUUCCAUGCUCUAGACUGUUUUUUGUUUUACAUAUCAAAAAAUGACUGACAAUAAUUGCUACUUAUAAAUUAAUCAAGAAACCUAAGAUAAAAAAAUUCUAAA